UACAGGAAGUCGUAUUUGUGAUAAAACUAUCUGACGUGUCUCCUAAAGUGGCCAUUUUGUGCAUCAUCGAAUCCAUACCGGAACUGUUGAGCAAACCGCGUUGCGUAGGAAGAAUUUGAUCACUACAUCCCUCAGGCUGAUGCAAGCUGUCAGUCGUCUGUGUGAGUACUGAAAGUGUGAAGAAGAUGACAGACUGUCAGGGAGACGGAGAAGCAGCAAAAAGUCUGAUGGAGCUGUAUGAGAAACUGACAGCUCAAGGAGACAAAAUCAGGGCCUUGAAAACAGCAGCAGCUGAGAAAGCUGAAAUUGAUGCUGCUGUCCAGUUGCUGCUCAAGCUGAAAAUGGACUACAAGGAAAUGACAGGACAGGAUUACAAAGCAGGAUGUCCACCCUCAGAAAACUCUGUUGUCCCCAACAAUGGACCAGCAGCAGAUGGUGAUGAUGAUGAUGAUGGGGACACAGUUGACCCAUGGAACGUUUCCAGCACCAACGCCAAGGGGGUCGACUAUGACAAACUCAUAGUGAAGUUUGGAAGCAGUAAGAUUGAUAAGGACCUGGUGGACAGAAUUGAAAAAGUCUUGGGACAGAAACCUCACCGGUUUCUCAGAAGAGGAAUCUUCUUCUCACACAGAGAUAUGCAUCAGGUGCUGGAUGCAUAUGAGAAGCACCAGUCCUUCUACCUUUACACUGGCAGAGGUCCUUCUUCUGAAGCCAUGCACGUUGGUCACCUCAUCCCCUUCAUCUUCACCAAGUGGCUCCAGGAUGUAUUUGACAUCCCCCUGGUGAUCCAGAUGACUGAUGAUGAAAAGUAUCUGUGGAAGGAUUUGACACUGGAAGAGUGCCACCACUACGCUGUGGAAAACGCCAAAGACAUCAUCGCCUGUGGCUUUGAUGUCAACAAGACCUUCAUUUUCUCUGACCUUGACUACAUGGGUUCAUCCCCUGAAUUCUACAGGAAUGUGGUUAAGAUCCAGAAGCAUGUUACGUUUAACCAGGUCAAAGGCAUCUUUGGCUUUACAGACAGUGACUGCAUUGGAAAGAUCAGCUUCCCAGCCAUCCAGGCAGCCCCAUCUUUCAGUAACUCUUUCCCACAGAUCUUUGGAGAGAGAAAGGACAUACAGUGUCUCAUUCCCUGUGCCAUAGACCAGGACCCUUACUUCAGGAUGACCCGCGAUGUCGCUCCGAGGAUCGGGUAUCCCAAACCAGCACUGCUGCACUCCACCUUCUUCCCCGCCCUGCAGGGGGCACAGACCAAGAUGAGCGCCAGUGAUGCCAACUCCUCCAUCUUCCUCACAGACACACCCAAGCAGAUCAAAAACAAGGUCAACAAACAUGCAUUUUCUGGGGGGAAAGACACAGUGGAAGAGCACAGGAAGUCAGGUGGAAACACAGACGUAGACGUCUCGUUCAUGUACUUGACCUUCUUCCUGGAGGAUGAUGAAGAGCUGGAGAAGAUCAAACAGGACUACACCAGCGGAGCUCUUCUCACAGGAGAACUGAAGAAGAUCUUGAUCGAGACUCUGCAGCCGAUGAUCGCCCAGCAUCAAGAGAGACGCAAGCAGGUCACAGAUGAGAUGGUCAAGCAGUUCAUGACUCCAAGACCUUUAAAUUUUAAAGCCUAGCCUGCUUGAGCAUCUGAGAUGUCGGGCGACAUUAUGUAUAUUAUCUCAAUGCAAGAACAAAAAAUGCAUCUAUCUUUUUUCUUCCUAAAAUUCAUGUAAUUUCUAAUGGGAGAACAGGCAUUUUCUCAAACAGUUUGCAUCAGAACUGUAGAAAAAUGGAAAUGUAAUUUACUGGAGACAAUGUGCUUCUCUGUGUCAAAACUAAGCACGGCAUUGUCCACGCCUUCAUGUUAAUUGUCAUGCUACUUGUUAAAUGUACACGUUUAUCUUCAUGGAGCGUUUGUGUUUGCAGCGUUGCUGUAACAUCACAAGCCCUACUCCACGCCCUGAAAUCACUUCAGGAGUGAAAGUAGAUUAAAGUGGACUACAGAUGUCUGUUAUGCAUAGUGACCAACAAUAACACAGUUACACCUCCACUUAUUUUACAUGGGGAAAAAACUAGCCUUCAGAACUGUGACUGUCACUUUGUGAUUAUCAAAACAGGUGUGUUUUAUACGGUGUGAAGAGAGGCUUAGUAUGAUAAUCUCUUAAAGAGUUCGAGCACAUACCAAUAAGUGUUCUUCUUUCGUCAUCAAGGGAACUAAAGCCAAUCUGUCAACAAAAGGGACUCGAAUCAAAGUAACUUUCUCUCUAAGCAUGGUCUAAAUCAAGGAGUUUCAUUCAACUUUUGCCCAGAUUACAAAAUAAACUGUGCUUCAACAACAAAA